GAUCUGAGACAAGGGCAUGUGCCCAUGGGGUGGGGGCCUGAGACCAGGGCCUGCACCCAUGGCAGGGAUCUGAGACCAGGAGCAUGUCCAUAUGGGGGAAUGUGAGACCAGAGCAUGUGCCCAUUGCGGGAGGUGUCUGAGACCAGGGCGUGUUCCCAUGGUAGGGAUCUGAGACCAGGGUGUGAGUCCAUGGGGGGGAUCUGAGACGAGGGUGUGUGCCCAUGGGGGUGGGGGUCUGAGACCAGGGCGUGUUCCCAUGAGGGGGGAGACCUGAGACCAGGUCAUGUGUCCAUGAUGCGGGAGGGGGAUCUGAGACCAGGGUGUAGGAUCCAGGUGCCCUGGGAUCUGGUCCCUAAUGACCUGUCUUCCUCUCCAGGCUGCUGGCUGGCCGGGCAGAUCGGGAUAUCGGGACCAUUCCUUUGGUCCAGACCCUCCAUCUCCGUCUGCCCCAGCGGGGUGAUCGCCCCGGGGGCAGUCGUCACCAUCCACUGUCAGUGUUGGUGUUGGGGCAGGAGGUUAUUUCUGGAUAAAGAUGGAAUCGAAAUCUGGGACCUGUCUGCCGAUGGGGACGAAUUCACCAUCCCCAGCGCCAGACGGGAACACGGGGGCAGCUACACCUGUCGUUAUAGCCACACAACGGGAUCAGCUGCCUACUCGGAGCCCAGCGACCCUGUGCAGAUCAUCGUAACCGAUCCCAGCUUACCCAGACCCUCCAUCUCUCUGAGCCCCACUGGGGUCACCGCCCCAGGGGCAGACGUCACCAUCCGGUGUCGGGGGCAGCCCCGGGACGUGAGGUUCUUCCUGCACAAGGCUGGAGACCUGAACCCGCCGCGACACAUGGACCCUGCUGGGGACGGGGCCGAGUUCCACAUCCCCACCGUGGGCCGGCAGCACGGAGGGAGCUACGGCUGCAGCUACCAGCCCCGGUCAGAGCCCUUCGUCUCCUCGCAGCCCAGCCACCCCGUGCAGCUGGUGGUAGCAGGACCAGCGUUGCUGACUUCGCACAUCAUCCCCGGGGUGAGCGCGGCAGCCGCUGUCCUCCUCCUCCUCCCCCUCCUCGUGGCCUUCGUCUGCUUCAGAAAAACCCGAGCCAGAAAAGGAGCCGCACCGAGACCCAGCAGCACCAGCCCUAUGGGGGCAUUAAAGACAUCGGCUCAGCAAGGCCCCGUCUACGCCUCUAUCAACAAGGGGAAAGAGCCGCAGACCCUGGAGCCCGACCCCGGCGCUGACGAAGUCACCUACGCCGAGCUGGACGGCCAGGCACUGCAGGCCAAGCGGGGGGCUCUGGCCCCAGCCCCCGAGCCCGCCCAGCCCAGCAUGUACGCCGCGAUCAACGUGAGCCAGGGGGCCCUGCAGUGUCGCUUGCUCCUCUGGGGCCCCAGCACCAUGGGCCCCUCUCCUGCCCUGCUCCUCGCUCUGGGUGUCAUCUGGACCCGCCUCCCAUUUGCUGCUGCUCAAUCCCCCUACUCCAAGCCCUCCAUCUCCCUCAGCCCCAGCGGGGAGAUCGCGCCGGGGACGGACGUCUCCAUCUCCUGCCACGGGCCCCGGCAGGGCAUGCGGUUCAAGAUGUACCGGGCGGGGGUCGCACGGUGGCACAUGGAGCCGGCCGGCUUGACAGCCGAAUUCCACAUCCCCAACGUCCGGCGGGAGGACGGGGGCACCUACACCUGCAGCUACGAGAGCCUGGGGGAGCCGCCCGUCAGCUCCCCCCGCAGCGACCCCGUGGAGCUGGUGGUAGCAGUGCACUUCUCCAAACCCUCCAUCUCCCUCAGCCCCAGCGGGGAGAUCGCGCCGGGGACGGACGUCUCCAUCUCCUGCCACGGGCCCCGGCUGGGCAUGCGGUUCAAGAUGUACCGGGCGGGGGUCGCACGGUGGCACACGGAGCCGGCCGGCUUGAGAGCCGAAUUCCACAUCCCCAACGUCCGGCGGGAGGACGGGGGCACCUACACCUGCAGCUACGAGAGCCUGGGGGAGCCGCCCGUCAGCUCCCCCCACAGCGACCCCGUGGAGCUGGUGGUAGCAGAUGCUGGUUCUGGCCCCACAGGGGGAUCCGACCUGACUCAGCCUGGAGUGGCGCCGGCUCCCACCCGCCCGGGUAGCACGCGGCCAGGGGCCCCCCCAAGUCAGGAUUAUACCCCGUUUGCCAUUGUCCGUCUGUCCCUGGCCGUCGGGGUCCUGCUGGCCCUGGUGCUGAUUCUGGCCGAAGCCGCGUACAGCUGGAAGAGGACCCCCCACCCGCUGACCCCCCCACGGCCCAGCAGGGAGCAGAGCCGGCAGCCCAAGGGACAGACGGAGACGCUUGUGUUGGACCUGCAGCCCCCCCAAAUUCCUGCCCGGUCACUGGGGACAGGGACAGCAGGACACACACACCAGGGGGGACGGGUGGGGGCUAUCGGACCCACGGGCCCAUCCAGCCUGGUAUCCACACCCCACUCCCCACCCCCACCCCCGCCCCUGCCCCCUCAGAUCAGAUCCAUGGGCCCAUCCACACUGCUCUUGCAAGCAGAGCAGAAAACCCCCUGA